UCAACCAAAAUUCACACUGAACCGACCGAAACCCCUUUCCCCCCCCCCCAAUAAAAUCAAACCCCGCGACCCGUGAUGGAGGAGAAACGGCGGGACGCGGGUAACUCACCGGCGGGGCCGAGCUCAGCGGAGCCGGAGUCGGCAUCAACUCGCCGUCGAGGUGGAGCGCUGAAGAGAAAAGCCAAUUCGCUUUCCGGGUCGAGCUCUUCAUCAACGCCGUCGAAACGGGUUACUCGAGAGAAGUCAAGCUUGAUCUCCUACCCUCCGGUCAACCAUUACGGUCCUUUAACCAGGGCUCGCCAAGGGGCGCCUAGUGGAAACGUUGUCUUGGGUUUGAGCUUGGGAUCGGAUGGCGCGAAGCUUGGGGAGGCAAGAGCGGUGAAACAAAGUGUGAAGGCGGAAGAUUUGGAGGAAUUGAAUAAGGCAAGUGAAGAGUGGGAGGCUUUGGAAGCUAAGAUUGAGGCUGAUUUUGAGGCUAUUAUAUCUCGUGACAUUAAUGCGCAUGCUGUUCCUAAUCAUUGCGGAUGGUUUUCAUGGACAAAAAUUCACCAUCUAGAGGAGAGUAUCUUGCCUUCUUUCUUUAAUGGGAAAUCCCCAGAUCGAACCCCUGAUUUAUACAUGGAGAUUCGUAAUUGGAUUAUAAAGAAAUUUCAUGCAAAUCCAAGUGUGCAGAUUGAGUUGAAAAAUCUGGAAGAUCUUGACAUUGGUGACUUGGAUGCAAGGCAGGAAGUAUUGGAGUUCCUGGACUACUGGGGUUUGAUUAACUUUCAUCUAUUCCCUCCAGCUGGUUCGGCUGUACCCAAAGCCAAUGGGGAUGGGAUGUCCAAUAAGGAUUCUUUGCUUGAAAAAUUGUUCCACUUUGAGGAAAUUGAAUCACACCCACACGUUGUUACAAGGUCUAACCUUUCAACUUCCUCUUUACUGUCUGGGUUUCUUCCAGAAUCUGCGCUUGCUGAGGACUUGAUGACACCUGAGGGGCCAUCGGUUGAGUACCAUUGCAACUCUUGUUCAGCUGAUUGCUCUCGGAAGCGCUAUCAUUGCCAGAAGCAGGCUGAUUUUGACUUAUGUACUGAUUGCUUUAACAACCGGGAGUUUGACUCUGGCAUGUCUUCUUCGGAUUUCAUUCUCAUGGAACCUGGUGAGGCCUCUGGUCUUAGUGGUGGCAAGUGGACAGAUCAGGAAACCCUCCUCCUUCUUGAGGCACUUGAACUUUAUAAAGAAAACUGGAAUGAGAUUGCGGAGCAUGUUGCUACGAAAACUAAAGCACAAUGCAUACUGCACUUUGUUCAAAUGCCAAUUGAGGAUGUAUUCUUUAAUAGCGAUGAUAACAGAGACACCAAUUCAAAAGAAACUGCUGGACCAUCUGCCGAUAUUGAUGAAACAUCUUUCUCUAAAGAUGUCUUGGAAACAACAGAGGGUAAGACUGCUCCUCAAGAGGAUCAGGCCCAGACUACACCAAUGGAAACUUCAAAACCUGAAGAUGGAAAAGAAGUGAGAGCUAGCGAGGAAACAUCUAAACCUGAAAAUUUAACUGAUGUAAGUGGUGGUCAAGAAACAUCAAAGCCAGAGGAAACGGAUGUGGCAAAAGACAGAAAAGACACAACUGAAAAUUGUGCACUUGUGGCACUAAGGGAGGCAUUUGAAGCUAUUGGUUAUAAUUUAACAUCUGAAAGCAUACUCUCAUUUGCUGAUGUAGGAAAUCCUGUCAUGGCAUUGGCAGGGUUCUUUGCGCGUCUGGUCGGACCCAACAUUGCUGUUGCUUCAGCCCAGAGUUCACUGAAAUCAUUAUCUGGUAGUUGUCCUAGCAUUCAACUGGCUGCAAGGAACUGCUUUGUUUUGGAAGAUCCACCAAAUGACCCGAAGGAACCAACAUGUUCUGAGAGUGUUGUCAAUGAUACGGGUAAUCGGGAUGCUCAUAAUGUGAAAAACUCGGAAGACAAAAGCCUUGAGGGGGAGCAGAAAAGUUCAUUGAGCAACCAUUGGGACCAAAACACUGAAGUUUCUCUUCCUGAAGAGAAGGUGACAUCGCCUUCACCCAAUGACUUAACCAUGGAUAAAAAAGAGUCCAGCAAUAUUGCAACUAAUGAGGAAGAUAAAAAGGCUAAUUUGAAUGAAUCCAGCAUUAUUAAUCAAUCAAAGGAUCAUCAACCAAGUGUAAUGAAGGUAUCAAAUAACUUAACAACGAAAGAGCCUUCUCAGCCUCCAAAAGCAGUGAAGGAAGUAGAUAUGUCUGAUUCGGUUCCAGUGAAAAAGAACGAGUGUUGUGAUGCAGCUGCAUCGAAGUCUGCGGGAGAGUCUAAACCAGCAAAUGCAUCAGAAAAUCUAGAGACUGCUUCCUCUUCUUUAUCCGAAGCGAAGAAUGAGCAAAAACUUUUUAAACCAAGUCCUGGUAGAAAAUCUACUGAGCCUGAUGAGGCAUCAAAUGAUGUUGAAAUGGCAUCUGUUCCACAACCUUCAGAAAAGAGUGAGCCUCACCAACCAGUCGCAUUAAAUUCUGGAAAUGAAAAUGGAGUAGCCAAAGACAAGAAUAAAGAAGGUAAAAACCAGAAUGGUGACUCUACGGACAGAGAAGAUAAUAGUAGCAUCGAUAAAGUAAAGAAUGUUGCAGUUACGGCACUCUCAGCAGCAGCAGUGAAGGCGAAACUUCUAGCAGAUCAGGAAGAGGACCAAAUCCGACAACUUGCUGCUUCAUUAAUAGAAAAACAGUUAUUUAAGAUGGAAGCCAAAUUAGCAUUCUUCAAUGAUAUGGAAGGAGUUGUGAUGAAGGUGAAGGAGCAAUUGGACAGGUCGAGGCAGAGGCUUUUCCAUGAGCGGUCACAGAUAAUUGCCGCUCGACUGGGCUUGCCAGCUUCCUCCUCUAGAGCAAUGCCACCACCAAAUGCUACAAGUAGAGUUGCUGCAAACUUUUCAAAUUCAGUUGCAAGGCCUCCUAUGAGCAUGAAAGCCCCAAGACCGCCAAUGUCGAGACCCAUGACUCCUACGCCUUCCAACCAAUAUGUAUCUCCAGCAGUUACAGGUGGUUCAGUUCGACCUUCUAGCUAGGACAGUGUUUCCUCUGUCGGAGCCAAGUAGUCUCUAUUCAUAUUACUUGUGAAUAGAAUUUUUUCUAUCCAUUCUUAAUACGAUGGUCAUCUCUCACGAGAUAUAUCAGGUGAGUACUCUUUAUAGUUGCAGUUCACAUUAGCAUUAGCGCUGCUAGUCAUUUUGGGUGCUUUUAAGAGCUUGGGAAUCAACUCGAACCGAACUCGUAGCAAAUUCAUUUGUGACACCUUUUGCUAAUUCUAGCCACGCCGUUGUUUCAUCUCGAGUAAUCUAGAUACUGCUGUCUAAAUUAUGUGAUAGACUGACAUCUCAUGAUCAUAGGAAGGAGCAGAUGGGUAUUGUUCUCCCUUCAAUCCUAUUCUAGUCGAAAACAGUUGGGCCUAUGUCUAACAUGGAAUUAUUCCUUCUUGUAGUUGAUACUGUGGGACCUGGAUGAUGAAUUUUAGGUGAUGCAAAUUAAACAUCCCUAACCUUACCAAAUUCUUAGGGCAUCUUAUGAUCAGAUAUAACCCUGUGUAUUCUAUUUUGUGGACAGACAGAUCUGUUUUUGUUGUUAUAAAUGGCGUAUAUCUUUGUUUUUAUUGUUCCAUUUUC